AUGAGCUCAGCGGACCGUCUGCCGGUUGUUCCGUUUCCCCCAACACCCCGAAAAACACGGUGCGGCAAAAACAACCGGGGCGAGCGGCGCUCGGCAGCCUGCGCGUCGCCUCCCAUGAACGCGCAGCAGGAAGACAACAUGAGUCACGAAUGAGGUCCGCAGCAUGUCGUUCAAGAAGGAAACGCCCCUGGCCAACGCCGUGUUUUGGGCCGCGAGGAAGGGGAACGUGGCUCUCCUCCAGCUGCUGCUCAACAGCGGCCGCGUGGACGCGGACUGCAGAGACAGUUGCGGAACGACGGCGCUGAUGGUGGCGUCCUACAGCGGCCAUUACGAGUGCGUCAAAGACCUCAUCAUGCAGGGAGCCGACAUCAACUACCAAAGAGAGUGGGGUUCCACCGCCCUGUUCUUCGCCUCCCAGCAGGGACACGAUGACGUGGUCAAGCUCCUCUUUGAAUUCGGCGCCUCCACUGAAUUCCAGACAAAGGACGGCGGCACGGCGCUCACCGUUGCCUCUCAGCACGGACGCUCGAAGGUGGUGGAGACCCUGUUGAAGAACGGAGCCAACGUUCACGACCAGCUGAACGACGGCGCCACCCCUCUGUUCCUCGCCGCUCAGGAGGGUCACGUGACUGUGAUUCGUCAGCUGUUGUCAUCCGGCGCAAAGGUCAACCAAUCGAGGGAGGACGGCACCGCCGCCCUGUGGAUGGCGGCUCAGAUGGGUCACAACGAGGUGGUGAGGGUGCUCCUCUUACGCGGUGCGGAUCGGGACGCUGACAGACAAGACGGAUCGACGGCGUUAUUCAAGGCCGCUUUUGAGGGACACAACGGCGUCAUCGAGGAGCUUCUCAAGUUUUCUCCUUCAGUUGGAAUUCUCAAGAACGGCUCGACGGCCCUUCACGCCGCCGUGAUGGGCGGAAACCUUCAGACCGUCCUCCUGCUGCUCGGGGCCAACGCGGACCCGACGGUACCCAACAAGAAUAAUGAACUCCCUGCAGAUCUCACAAAGAGCGAUCGCAUCCUGAAGGCGUUGCGUCCAAAAAUCAUAAAUGGAGACAGUUGAUGACCAACCAGAGUCCGUCCUUCAUGCCUGCCUCUUCCACACUCACUAAUAAUGAUGAUGAUGAUGAUGAUGAUGAAGAUGAUGAAUACAGUGCCGAUCUAUGUACUAUAUAUAUAUAUAUGGUGCUUGCUUUUCAUUGCGACUGAAAUGAAGCCGUCAUAUGUUGAAUAAACCAUCUCCUUCACUCUGUCGCUCGACAGCAUAUGCAUUUAUUUUUUA